AUGGAGUUAUAUCCUUCAACGGUGGAAGCCCUUGACGUCAUGCUGCACGAACAUGCUAACAGGGAAAAGUAUAGUGAAUGGAACGGAGACAGGGAGACUCUUUCCAGAGCUAAUGGUCUAAGUCACUUCUUGUGCUCUUUCGAGUUUCUCGUUGCCGUUGUGUGCGCAUCAAAUGCCUUAGCAUGUGUAAAACCGCUGAGUGUCAAGCUGCAGCGUAAAUCCAAUGACAUCGUCAAGGCUUACGGUUUAGUAGAAUAUUUCAUUGAAGAUCUUGAAGUAGUACCCAGCAGCGAGGAAAUUAUGGAUGGGUGGUAUCAGCGAAGUGUAAGUCUUACUGACACCGUGAGCACCGAGCCCAAGGCUCCACGAACUGAGUCACGCCAGCAGCACCGUGAAAAUUUUCGGUAUGGAUCAACAAAGGAGUCAUAUCGCCGUUCUUUUGUCGUCCCUUUUCUUGAUUACCUGAUUAGUGAACUUAAGGCUCGCUUCGGUGAGACGCAACAGAAAGCGUCAAACUUGCUCUGCUUGGCACCUGAAAUGGUAAAUACAAGCGAUAGACAACUCAUCGAAACAAUCGGUGACACUUACGCAGAACAUCUUCCUAGUCGUAGUACAGUGGACACUGACUAUCGGAAGUGGGAGAGGAAGUGGGUACUACUAGAGGCAAAACCGAAUUCUCUCGAAGUUGCUUUCAAGAACUGCGACAAGGACGUUUUCCCUAAUAUUUACGCUUUCUUGAGGAUUGCCUGCACCUUGCCAGUAACUCCUGCGGAAAACGAAAGGAGCAACAGUGUGCUGAAACGGUUCAAGACUUACCUGAGGGUUACAAUGCGUUCGGAUCGUCUAGCUGUCCUUUUACUUAUGCAUAUUCAUAAAUCAGCUUUCGUUGAUUUUCCAAGAUUGUCUCUCGUUUUGCUGAGUUACUCCUGCGUCGUAUGCUUCUUUCUAGCCAGUUGUUUGAUGAUAACUAAAUCAUGUUUGUACUUGUGA